ACAUCGAUGACACCUCUCUCUCUCUCUCUCUACUUAUUCAAUUUAGCAGUUUCUUCUCCUUUCUUCACUCUUCCCUUUCGAAAUUUUGGCUGAAUUAUCAGCACUGCAGCUAUGAAAUGAUCGGUCAAUACUGAUACCUAAUUUAAUUCGUCGAUAUUACUGCUUUAUUGCUUCUUCCGUAAUCGAUUUGUUUUAGCUACAUAUUUUUUCAUACUCUCCUACUCUUCAGGGAAAUGGCAGGACAAGUUGUUGCUAAUCGACCUGCGUCUUCGUUUGAUUUCGUGAUGGUUGAUGGAGAGUCUGGUGAUGUUAGCACCUUAAGUGCAUCAUCUGACCAGAUGACCCCUUGGAUUGAUCCAAUGACGAUUAAGCUCAGGCACCGGAUUGGAAGAGGGGCGUUUGGUGAUGUUUGGCUGGCCACUCAUCACCGGUCGUCUGAGGACCAUGACGAGUAUCAUGAAGUUGCUGUCAAAAUGUUGCACCCGGUCAAAGAGGAAAACAUUAGGGAUGUCUUGAAUAGAUUGAGUGAUUUGAUUUUUAAGUGCCAAGGGUUGGAUACGGUUUGUUUGCUCUACGGGCUUUCUCUUAUCAAUAAGAGAGUAUGCAUUGUUAUGCAAUUCUACGAGGGCUCAGUCGGUGACAAAAUGGCUCGCCUCAUUGGGGGAAAGUUGUCUCUUGGAGAUGUUCUAAGGUAUGGAGUGGAUCUGGCUCAGGGAAUAAUGGACCUGCAUGCAAAAGGGAUCCUUAUUCUCAACCUCAAACCUUAUAAUUUCUUGUUAAAUAGAAAUGAUGGGGCAAUUAUUGGGGAUAUUGGUAUCCCUUAUGUGUUGUUAGGGGUUUCAUUGCCCAGCACGGACAUGGCUCGGAGACUUGGGAGUCCGGCCUAUAUGGCUCCGGAACAAUGGCAGCCAGAAAUAAGAGGUCCCAUAUCUGUUGAGACUGAUUCGUGGGGAUUUGGUUGCAGUAUAUUGGAGAUGUUAACUGGGAUACAGCCGUGGAGUGGUAAAUCAGUUGAGGAGAUAUACAAGUUAGUCGUAACAAAGCAAGAAAAACCUCAUAUUCCCAGCGGCCUCCCUCCUGCAGUUGAGAAUGUCAUUGUCGGUUGUUUUGAGUACGACUUUAGGAGCCGCCCUGUGAUGGCAGAUAUUUUACAUGCUUUCAAGAGUUCGCAGAAUGCAGUUUCUCUAGAUGGAAGCUCAACAGGUCUCGGAAGUAGAAUGAUCAGAGACAAACCAGGUGGUGGUGGGUAUACAGAAUGGUUCCUCGCAAAGGAUCACCUGCAAGUCGGUGAUGUGGUCCGUUCUAGGAAAGCCAUGAACUCAUGCAGCCCAAAAAAUAUGGAUGUGCCCGAAGGGUCUGUGGUGGGUUUGGAAAGGGAUACGGAUCAAGAUGGAUAUGUUCUGGUUAGGGUGCAUGGAGUUCAUGAUCCACUACGAGUUCAUGUUUCUACACUGGAACGAGUCACAUUCGGAUUGGCUGCAGGCGACUGGGUCCGCCUGAAGAAAGAAGAGAAGAAGCACUCGCCUGUUGGUGUCCUUCACUCAGUAAACCGUGAUGGAAGUGUAGCUGUUGCGUUUAUAGGACUGGAGACCCUAUGGAAGGGCGAAUAUACACAGUUUGAGAUGGCAAAACCUUACUGUGUUGGGCAGUUCGUGAAGCUUAAGUCGAGCAUCUUCAGCCCACGGUUUGAUUGGCUUCGUAGAAGAGGUGGUGAUUGGGCACCUGGACGGAUUUGUCAAGUGCUGCCGAAUGGGUGCCUCGUUGUCAAGUUUCCCAGCAGGCUGAGCAUAGGGAGAGAGGACAUGAGUUUCCUGGGCGAUCCAGCUGAGAUCGAGCUCGUCUCGUUUGAGACCUCCCCUGGGUUGGUGAAGAAGUAUCAACAUCUCGAGGACUUCCACUGGGCUGUGAGGCCACUAUUAAUUGCUUUGGGGUUGUUUACAGCCAUGAAAAUGGGACUUCUUGUUGGGAAGAAAGUUGGGAGAGGGAGAUUGAAGGGAAAGGAUCCUCUGUUCCAAAACGAUGGUCAGAAAGGCGACAGCAGCGCAAGUGGGAACGCAGCGUGGCGGGCGCCGAAGGUGGCUAACAUUUUCAGGUGAUGGUUUCUUCACCAAAAACCAAUCAUGAACUCUGCAUAGUAGAUGUACAUCAAUUUCUCUUUCUGAAUUAGCAAAAUAUAGGAAGUCGACUUUGUUACUGUGUAAAUAGAUUUGCCGAUGGGAUGGAUGGCUUUUCUUUCCUUA